AUGGCGACCCCAUCGGUGAGCUUGAGGUUUUUGCCUCGUCCUCUGCGAAGAGCUUUGCUUGAUUUUCAAAAAGAUGGUGUCCGGUUUGGUAUUAGAAAACAAGGAAGGUAAAAAAGUAAAGAAUUUGAUGAAAACCUUAUGCAUUUUUUAAAAUUAUUCAAUAUUAUUGUGUGUGCUGAACUGAUUUGAAUACGAAGAGCUUUUAUAUCAAUGUUUUUUUAGCAUACCCUGAAACUGAUUUUGAUUUGUGUUUCUUUCUCUCCUUGUGCGAAAUCCGUGGUUAUACACAUCACAGAUGUUUGAUAGGAGACGAGGUUUGUUUGAAUAUUAUUUCUUCAAAUGAUCAAUGAUUGGUUUAACCGUUCCCUUCUUGCAAGCAAUCAUUUUUAUGGCAGACAGUAAGGAGAAUUACUGAUGAGAUCUUGGGAUUGAAAGGUUUAAUUGAUUUAAAGCCAUAACUGUGAAUAAUUGUCAUUAUAUUGUGCAGAUGGGACUUGGCAAAACCCUUCAAGCAAUCAGCAUUGCAUAUUAUUACAAAGAUACCUGGCCACUGUUGAUUGUGGUGCCAUCCUCUGUCAAGUUCUCCUGGAUUGACGAGAUCGAAAAAUGGCUGCCUGAAGUUGAACCACAUGAUUUGAAUCUUAUUAGAUCAGGCUGCGAUGUAAGGUUUGUCAGCAAUGAAUUUUUUGUCUGGCAAGAAAUGUCCGAGCUGGAUCAAGAUGUUUAUUAGGUGACUUAUCCAGCUUCUACAGUUUUGAUCAUGAUUAACAGGACAAGGAGAAAUUCUGCACAAAAACUUCAGGGUUAUCAUUAGGAAAUGUAACAGAAAAUAUACUGGGUGUAUGAUCUGAACUGCGUAGGCAGCUUAAUUGAAUAAACCUUUUAGCAGACAGAUGGCAUGGUGAAAGAAACACAAACUAGCUUCUAGUAGGGUCCAGUGCAUGCUCUCUGGAAAAAAAAAAAACUGAAAUUUGUAACUCUCAGAGACAUGAUUUGCAGCAUUCUGAUGCAUCUUCAAGUGCCUUUUGUAGCUACAUGUAUGUAUCACUUUUAGAAUUAGUUGAAAAAUUCUUUUUUCUGUCUUUAAUCACAAUUUACAACUAAGCCAAUUCAAAAUGGUCUGACAGCUGGUGGGUUUCUGCCACCUACCACCUAUUUCCUUCUUUUGACAACCAUUAAUCAUUUUACCAAAAUGAAUUUAAAAAAAAAAACAUCCACAUAACUAACUCACCAAAAUAAAGCAAGAAAACAAACAAGACUAAAACCUCUGUGAAAGCAAAAAAAACCUUUCUGAAAGGUCCAUCCCAUAGCAGAGUAAAAACCUUUUUAAAAUAUAACAUUUACAUACAGCACUUGUUGAUUUAUUUUUCAGUAACCUUGGGAAGGCCAUGGUUCAUAUUGUAGGUUAUGGUCUGCUGAGCUUAGCAACCUCCAAAUUGUUACUUGAAGCUCUGGAAAACCACAAGUUAAAUAUUGUCAUAUUAGAUGAAUCACAUUACUUAAAGAACAGAAAAUCAGCACGUACAAAACAUCUGCUUCAAAUCUGCAAGAAAGCCAAGCAUGCCAUUCUGUUGAGUGGAACACCAUCACUUGCUAGACCAAGGGAGGUUUGUGAGAUAUGCUUUCAUUUGUUUCAUGGACUGUUUUUGUCUCGAGAAAAUUGAAUUGACAUUUUCACUUUUUCUUUCUAGCUCUUUCCUCAGCUGGACAUUAUCUGUCCAGGUAGGUUUGGUUCUUUCAGUCGUUUCGUUCAGAGGUACUGCAAUGCACGUGAUGUAUUUUUCAGAGGAAAGAGGAGCUAUGACACAAGGUAUAUAUGGGUGCACUGUAUAUAUUUCUUGUAAACUUUUGUAUUUAUCUUUUUUAUUUGAUGUUUGACUGAUUCAUUGACUGCUUUAUUGAUUCAUCAAUAUGAAUGUAAUGCAUCAGUAUUUUUUAAAUUCUUAUCUUUAUGUAACUGGUAUACAUUAGGAUUGAUCAACAAUUGAAUAAUACUUUUCUCUUUACAGUGGUGCUUCAAAUCUUGAUGAGUUGUAUCAUCUCCUGAAAACUCAUGUCAUGAUAAGAAGGCUUAAGAAAGAGGUUGGUGUACUGUACAGUUGUAUGUACUGCAUGAUAAUUAAAAAAAGAUAAUGAUAAUGAUAUUAACGAUAAUUUAAUAAUAUUAAUAUUAAUGAUGAUAUUUUAAAUUUCUAUUUUGCAAAUUAACUCUUUAACUCUUAGAUCAAAUCUGUAAUUCUCCUUAUUGUCAACCAUACAAUUUAUAUAAUGUUAGUUCAGAGAAUUUAGUAUUGGAUCAUCUAAUUAUCCCCAAAUUGAUAUUUUUCUUUAUUCUCAUCACUUGUCUGCUCGAUAUUUUAUUGAUAUUGUAAGGAGAAAUUCUCUCUUGGUCACUCUUGGGAGUUAAAGGGUUAAAAUGUUGAUAUGAUUAAACAUGCUUUACAAUCAUAAACCACCUUAAUGAUCAAAAUCCAUGAAGUGAAAAUACAUCCUCUUUCCAAAAAAAAUAGUAUAGAAAAAAAGAUUACAAAAAUAUCAUAUGGAAAAUGCCUAUCCUUGAUCAAAAGUUUUCAAAAUUAAAUGCGUCUUUAAAGUAAUAGAUCUAAAAGUGUUUUAAGUGACUGCAUUUUGAUUUUAAGGGGCAACUUACUUCAAAGUCAAGGUGCAGUGGAUGUAAAAGAUCUAUUCCCAGCCUUUUUUUCAGUCUGUUACUUAGUUACAUAAGAGAUAUGCCAGCAUUUGAUACAUUCUGAAUAACUUGACUAAAUUAGAUUGUGAAAAAUUUCUUCCUUUUUUCAUAUAGGUUUUGACUCAGUUACCACCAAAGAGAAGACAAAAAGUUUAUUUUGACAUCUCAGAGUCCAACAGUAAAUACAACACAGUGAGUCAGGAUACAGAUAACAGCUAUGACUGUGCUUUUGUUAACUUCUGGAAGCGAUUCAGAUAAUCUGUUGUCUUCUCAUACUUAAAGCUGUAAUUAAAAAUCUUCCCUUGAGUACUCCUGAUGAGAUGAAUGCGUAUUAUCACCACUUAAUCUUUUCACUCUGGAAAUUAUUGCAGAUGUAAUCAUUUUUAAGUGCUGUACAUUUCCUUGUAGUUAAUGCCAUACCUUGCACAAAGCUGAUGCCAACUUAUUAAUUUCUUAUCAUCUAUUUUCUCUACAAUGCAGUGAAUGUUGAAAUCGUGGUGAUUUUUUUCUGAUUGGCUUCCUGCCUCCUAUGUAUAUUCCAUACAAAUGAGUCUGGAAUGACAGCAAGAAGGUUCCAAUGAAAUUUCCCAUGCUCUUGUCUUGUUAUAGGCCAGUUAAGUAUGUUUAUGUGAGCUUGUGUUCUACCAAAUGUUUAGGAAUUGAAGCAGAUCAUGAAAGACUUCAGGAAAUGUUCUGCUAUUAUUAAUGGGGCAGUUGCAGAUGAUCUGUCAAUUAAGUCACCUCUGACAGAAAUCAGACGCCUAUCAACACUUGUAUAUCACUAUACUGGGCUUGUCAAGGUGAGAAGAUUCCAGAGUUUGGCUACACUCCACUUCUGUUUGACUCAUUACUUAACCCUUUGACUCUCAAGAUUUCUUUAGCAAUUCUCACUGUCUGCCAUACCAUUCCCAUGAUGUUAGUGUGGAGAAUUUAGUAUUGGAUCAACUUAUAAUACCCCAAUUGAUAUUUUUCUUUAUUCUAAUCACUUGUCUACUUGACAUUGUAUUGAUAUUGUGAGGAGAAAUUCUAUCUUGGUCACUCAUGGUAGUCAAAGUGUAUGUAAUGCUUUAAAAUAAUAGAGAGUGUCUGUCAAGUAAUAGCUAGAGGUGUGCUAAUUUGAUGAAGCUUUUUAAUUUUUUUUUCUUUUUUUUUUUUUCAAUGAUAUUUUAUAUGGGGCUUUCUUCUCUGCUAUAGUCUGGUUCAUAGUAACUUGGUCUGGUCACAUGACACCAGACCAGCCUGAUCACUGGAAAGUUGUACCUUCCCUAGUCUCUAAUUGGGGUCGGCUGGUAGGCUUUGAUGUAAUUUGCCUCUUGAAUUCCUCUGAACUACUCCUCAGUAAUAUUUACGAUCUCCUAAACUCAACGACGUCAUUUUCUUAACGACUUUGUCAAAAAUGUUUACGAACAAUGCUUCUGCCAUUGACUCAGCGACGCGCUACGUCAUUAAACGAACCUAACGAAGUCAUUAAAACGAACUUCAGUUUGAAUAUUGGACAUACAUCGCCUGAAUCCUGCUUCAUUCUCAAUACCUGAUACGCCUAAUUUUUUCCCUAAGAUUGGUCCAGUUCUGAAGUACAUUGAAGACUUGGCCCAGGGAAUGGAUGGCAAAUUCAUUGUGUUCUUCCGUCAUCGUCUUGUACGUCAAGCCAUCGAGGCAAAGUUGGUGACCUUGAAACUCAAAUACAUUUGCAUUGCGGGUGAUGUACCCUCCGGAAUCAGAGGGGUAAGGAUCUCUGUAUGCUCUUUUAAUUGCUCUGCAUGUGUGCACGUCUGAUAAAGGGCCGGGUGUAUUAGGGAGGAAAUCGAGGAGACUAUUCAAUGUUACUGUUUUCGUGUAACUUGACCCUUUUAGUCUCCUUGCAACUUGUUUUUUUUUUUUUCAAGUCAUGAAUUCUCCACCCGUUGGACUUGUCCACUUCUGUGCUAUUAACUUCAACAGCCAGUAUUAAAUUCGAUGAAGUUCCCACUUUGAAUAUUAAAUCUUGUUUAUCUGCAACUUAGAGAUGUAAGGUCUGUGUUUUGAAAUUGUUUUUGUUGUUGUUGAGGGUAAUGAUCUGUAUACUUGCUUUAGGAGUUGGUUAAUUCAUUUCAAACUGAUCCACAAGUACGCGUUGCGGCCCUUUCCAUUGAAGCAGCGUCUUUUGUGAGUAUCAAAAUGGAUACAAUUUUUUUCUGAUUAGUAUUAUUGGACUCGUAUAAUCAAUAAGCCUAGAUAAUCAAAUUUUCCAGGCCUACAAAGGCACGGAAUUCUGCAGGGGUCAUUAAAAUAUAUGCACCAUGACUGGAAGUUGUUUUUUAGUAGAUUGACACAACAAAAAAUAGAUUUUCCGUCAGAUAAUUGCAAACAAGUUCCAAAGGGGGCGAAGCCUGUGUUAUCCAGCCUUUGCUUGGGUAACAAUCUCCUUUGUAUAAUUUAUUCAUCUAUUUGUCUGUCCGCCUUUGUUAUCAUGGUUUUCCAUUAUUUUUUAAAAUUUUCUUCGUCAGGGACUCACUCUCACUGCAGCCCAUCAUGUAGUGUUCGCGGAGCUUCAUCACACUCCAGGUGUUAUUAUACAGGCUGAAGACAGAGCACACAGGAUAGGGCAGACACUACCGGUUAACAUUCAUUACUUGAUUGCCAAAGGGACUGUGGAUGAGACGCUAUGGUCCCUUAUUAGACGCAAGGUAUAGUUGUGGUAGUUUUCGUGGUAUGUAGGAGAGACAUAAUUGUUCCUUAUGUACAUUUUGCACUGCAUUCAGAAGAAAUUUUUCCAUUGCAUGCACUUGAUCAAGGUGACUUCUGCUCCAGGGAUGCGUUGUUUAAAGAACGAUUCAGUUGACCGACGGUUCGCCAACAAUUCUUUUAGUUAGCUUUGUAGCUUUGCAGACAGUUUAAAUUGGUUAUAUUUUUUCCUCCAGUUGUGUCACGUUAAGGUAAAACCUCUCCAAACAUAAGUCCUGAUUAAAAACUUUAUUCUAAGAAAAAUAAUAGACAGGUAAAGGUUUUAAUCCUGUAUCAUCGCUAACCGCCUUCGAACAACCGGGCCCAGAGGAUUGCACGCUUUGAUUCUCUGCGAUCUGAUUGAAAGAAAAAUAAUUCCAUCAUUUCAAACAACACCUAUCCAAGGAGAACCUAAAAUCGAUCACAGCUCUGUCAUUCGUGUUUCCCCUCCCUUUGCAGGUCUACGUUACUACUACCACAUUGGAUGGGAAAUGUAAAGAUCUUGAGACAGAGAAUGCAGAUGAAGAUCUAGGUCGGAAAUUGUCAGCAUGUGCUGCUUGGAUCCAAGACCAGGAAGAAGGUGCUGAGGACCUGGAGGAUUUCGUAAAUGAGCAAGUAAGUCAAGCUUAGCGAUUAAGAAUUCAAUUAACAAUAGAGAUUGGCUCAGGGGACAUUUAGUGUUACUUCAAGUUUUCUUUUGGUCCUUUUGGUUCAAAUGCACUGUUUUGAAAACAAGAUUAAAUAUUUCAUUAAAUCAACCUUUUUUUUCCUGCUGUUGCUGGAACUUGCUACAAGACCUUUCUAUCUUUGCAGCUUUCAGCAAAAACAACUGGUAAGGAUCAAGGGCAAAGAGAUCUUCGUUCUUUUUUUGUUGCAACACCAGUUUCUUCAAAGUCGAACUCCUUUGAAAACAGGGCUAGUAGUCACAAUACGACGGUCCAUAGAAACAAAAGUGCAAAAAUGGGUGCGGCCAGGAAAACUUCAGAUGAUCCGAUACAAGUGCUUGAGAGUGAAGAGGAGGAUUUAUCGACUUUGGAUGAUCUGAAGGAUGAUGCCCUUAUUUGGGAAGGUGCAUAUUCUAUAUUGUACUUAACUCUUUAACUCCCGUGAGUGACCAAGACAGAAUUUCUCCUUACUAUAUGUAUGCAAUAUCGUGCUGACAAGUGAUGAGAAUAAAGAAAAAUAUCAAUUUUAGGCCAAGGAUUACUAAUUGAUCCAGUAUCAAAUUCUCCAAACUAACAUGGUGAGAAUCACUUGGCAGACAGUAAGGAGAAUUACUAAAGAGAUCUUGGGAGUUAAAGGGUUAAUGUUGUGUUGUAUUUAUGUUGGAAGCGAGGAAAUAUCAGACGCCUCUUUUUUUUGAUGGUUUUUUUAAGGUCUCUGAAAUUAGGUUGCCUUCUAAUAGUUUUUCAUUUUUCAUUAGCACCCGAUAUUGUGCAAAUCUCUAAAGAAACGCCACUCAAGAAAAACGGUAAACCUUUCAGAGAAAGUCUAGAAAACCGCGAAAAUCUUAAAACUGACCCUAAACCUCACGAAGAAGCACUAAAGGAGGAGGACUGUCCACUUAAGCCAAAAACAGUAAAAUUGAAGAAAAUGAAAAAUGGCAAGCUAUUGUUUGCGGAGGGCAAAACCACCACAAGACAAAGUCAACAAGAAGCCAACUGCAAAAGUCUUAUAGAAUUUGUUGGAAGUGAUCCUGAAACGGAAUCACAGACGUUACGAGGCUAUCUUGAUAAUGGAGAUGGACCUGAAAUUUUAAACGUAGAAGAUGAAUGCAAUUUUGGAGGGAAGAGCGAUUUCUUGGGUGGAAGUUCGAAGCCGAAAGACCGGGAAUUUUUAACGUAUUUACAAGAGGCUGAUAUAGAGUGUGUAGAAGUGGUCUGUAAAAGGACAUCGAGAUUGCUAGAGGACCAUCAAGAUAGCUUUAAUGAUUGUACUACGGAAAGAAUGGAACAAAAAAUAGGAAGUGCAGUUAACGAUUCACGAUAUCCGUCUUGUCAAGAUUUCGAGGGAGGAUCUUUUUCAAAAGAUAUCGGUGGGAUUGAAAUGUCAGACUCACCCAGAAGAACAACUGCGAUAAUCGAUAAAAUUGGAAAGUUACAAAGUAAGCAAGGAACGGAAUCGUGCACAAAGUCCUGUGGUCUUUCUUCUGAUGACGCUGGCAAUAAAAGUGACAAAGAUUCUGCUAACAUAGGAACAAAGAUGCCUUCAUGCUGUCAUCAAGGAAGGAAAAGUGACCAAAACGUUUCCUCCCAUUUCAACAUUGUUUCUCUAGACGAUAACGGGACUGUAGAUGAAUAUGUUUUAUGUGAAAGGAGUAACAGUCAAGGAUAUGGAACGAAAGCGAACCAACCUUUAAAAGAGAGUACUAGAAGUACUAGAGACAAAGUUUUCAAUCCUCCAAAGUAUUCAUCACAAGUUCUUGAAAAUAGGGAAUGUUUGCCGGUUAAAGAGGAUGGAAAUAUUAGCGUCACUGCAGUGCCUUAUGAUGACAAUUCAACAGAUGAUUUCCAAGAUGACAGCUUUAAAAAUACUCAGGUCGCCCCUGUACCGGUCACACAGAAGCCCACUAAAAAGCGGAAUGCUGCUAACAAACCGAAACAGAAGACAGAAAAUCGAGAGGCAAAGAGAGGUAACAGGUGGAAGCAACCACCUACCGAUUGGCAUUGUAGUGCUUGCACUUUUAUAAAUGAUGGGCAGCUUUUGGAAUGUUCCAUCUGCUUCACACCUCGUGCAAAAAUUAACGAGGCCAUGAGCACUGUCGACGAUAAUCCUCUGAGCAUCAAAAGUAUCAGUGGACAAGGUCGCGAUGACGUAUAUAUUUCAGAUAAAAUGGACCUAUAUGGAACGGGUGUAGACUGUAUGGAUACCAGUUCUGCUUGUGUGAAUUCUGGCAAGAUCAGUGGAACCGUGAAACAUGAGUCAUCACAAAUUUCCUUUGGCUUUGCCCAAAUGACGUCUCCUAAAAGCACUGGGCAAACUGUAGAACCACAUGCUACAGGAAAGGCUAUUGUCCAUAACUUGUCGAGUGAGUCGAUGAUAACACCACCGUGUGAUUCAAAGAGUGACAUUAAAUCUACUAUUCGUAAAGCUAAAUCAACUGAUAAUGAUAGUGUGUAUAGUCAAGUUGCUGAGUCCGGCUUGCCUCCUUGGUCGUGUGCGGCUUGCACCUUCUUGAACUUGUCAGAAAUGAUUGAAUGUUCAAUGUGUCUGACUCCAAAACGGCGAAGCCGGAGGGUGAAUGCAAAAAAGAGUCUACUCACAGUGGAAACAGAGAAGGAGGCCAAUGCGAGCAAGAUCGCUUUGAGCGACAGGCGACGCUGGAAGAGGGCUAAGAAUGCAGAAGACCAGAAUCCACGGGAAAUGGAUGAAGGCUUGACAGCUGAACCAUUGGGACUAUCUCGUGAAACACAAAGUAGUAGUCACACGCAGUAUGGCCAUGAAGUCUUGAGAGAAGAGAUUUCUGAAGAGGUCAAGUCGAACCCUCGAAAGCGACUUAGACUUGAUGAGGUCGAAGGAGAAAAUGGUAUCUGUGAUGUUUCAUACGAUUUAGACGUUUUGUGCAGUGACAGCACCAUUAAGUGUUCCUAUGCAUUGUCCUCCUCUGCAGCUCCAUACGAGCUGAUGGCCGCCACACCGCCUGAUGGUAAAGGCAUAGAUGUAGUUAGUCCAGUCGAUUCUGUUCUUUCCUCAGAUCAAGAGGAACUACAACUUAGAACCGACCACGGCGCAAGGUGCUGCAAGAUUGGCAAUAAUGAUUUGGAAAUGGACUGUGAACAACUUGACGUUUCAGAUCAUUUGGUGACUAAACAGUGUAGUGGAGUUUCUUCGACGGUAUCCUCCGAAGGGAAUGUUGGUGGCCAUUUGCCAUCCUCCAAAAAUUCGGAUAUUGACGAAGUUAUGGAGGACCUUGAAGAGCUGAAAGCUGCAGCAGAAAAAUUUUUUAGUUCAGAAUGGGAAGACGAGGAGCGGUGGUGGGAAGAAGAGAGUUCUUUUGAAAUAAGCUCUUCCGCUUCUAGUAGUGAAACAGCCUCAAGUAGUCCGACAGUUACAAGCCCAGGAUUUACAAAGUGCUCCGAUUUUUGUUCUGUCACGGAGCUUAAGAAGAAGCUAGAGACAGAUGCUAAGCAACUAAAUGAAACCCAGCCCAAGGCUGCGCAAAAACCCCAAUAUGCUAAAGGUAACCCUGAAAAUACUGAAGCUGCGCCAUUAGCAAAUGAAUAUAAUUCAAGGCCUGAGUUGGAUCCAGUAAUAGAAGAGGAGGAAGAAGAUGAAAAAGACGCUCCCCCUGAGGCGAUGAAGUUGAAAUUCUGUUUAAGCCUUUACACAGAACGGUUAUAUUUGUACACUCAGGUGAGUCAUUUACUGGUUUGUUUUUCCUUCUCACCCUCCUUGUAACUAAUGCAAUGUCAGGAUAAUUAUUCAAAGGAGCCCUAUGGGAAAAUUACAUCCAGCCGGAAAGACAAUACGAGUGUGAUUAGUAAAACAGAUUUUCUUCUGUGCUUAAGGGUGACUCAAAAUAUGAUAAUCAUAAGAUACGGUAGCGCAUUUGUAUUCUGUAGGAUGGGAGCGCUGGCGUUUUUGUAGGAAGACUGCAAAAACAUAAACAAACACACACACUUAACUGGAGCAUCAACAAUAAGAAAGUAGAUUUUGUGCAUCGUGAUCAUUGCGGUGUUUGGUUUUCUGCAUAGGAUGAUCUUCCACUUGGAAUUAAUUUCUGCAUGUCUGAUGUUAAGAACUGCAACAUGGAAGAUUUACCAGCCAUUCUUCAUCAUGAUGAAAAUUUAAGGCAGGUUGAAAGAUUCCUUGAAAAAUGGAGAAGGUAAUUAAGGCCUUACGCGUUAUUACGAGGUUACUUUGGUCAAUUGUAGUUUAAUUGCUUCAUUUUAGCUUUGUUAUGGUAACUGAAUCAGACUGGAUCAUACUUAUACAUACUUAAACAUACAUACAUACCGAUUUGAUCUCGGUAAAGGGAAUUGCAAUAUGAACGUUCUAGCAGGCUUAGUAUGAGUUUGUGAAAAUCGUCUAAGUUGAGUCAAGCUUCCAUUUGUGGUAUCACAAAAUACAACGCACUUUUUCCUUGGUUUUCAUUUAGGAUGGGAGAGGGGAAGAAGCGAAUACUCCGAAAAUCAGGACUUGUGUUUGAUGAUCCUCUGGAAGCUUAUGAGUGUGCAAGAAAGGUAACCGUUGGCUUGUUUUCAUGAAAUCGUUACACAUUUACACACACGCUUAAAAUUUUUGUUCCUAGUUUACUUUGAUAAAGGGGGUAUAUUUAGCGACUGGAAGCGUUUCCAUGAUCGGGACUUAAUACACCCAACAACGCACGGGAAAAGACUCAUAGGGGUUGGAAGGUGAACGAUUGUAUCCUCAAAAGGAAGACGCCUUUUGGCCGUCUUUAGUGGGUACAAUGUCGUUGUUGUUGUGGUUGUUGUUGCUGGUGUUUGUGGUAAUGGUUGUGCUGCUGUUUCUAUUGCCAUUACUCAGACAUCCUUUGAAAUUACUGAUAAUUUUUUAAACCUUAGGCAAGGCUCCUCUUGUAGGAAGAAGUUCUUAAUUUAAUUCUUCCCCGUUAUGAUGAUCGCAUCUCUUCACAAUAAAAAGAACAACGUUUUGUUUCGGUUCAGUUGAAGUAUUUUACAUUUGGUUUUGUCAGGGUUUGUCAAGGGCAUGCAGCUAUGUUCGACACCCUUCAAAGGUAAAGGUCAUAUAUUUUUUUAAUUUCUUUCCCUUAUUUUGUUGAUGUUGAUUUUGGUAUUGUUGUCGAUGGUAUUAGAAUUGCUGCUGAUUCAGUUAAAAUAAUUUUAAAAAAGUAUGAUAUAUUACAGUUCACAAGGCAACCGGGUGGACAAUCAGAUAUGGUUUGAUGCUUCUCUGGUUUAAAGAUUUGAUAAAUGUAACCGAGAAGUUUCAAUUCAUAGACCCAACGUUUCCACACUCCUGUCUAGUGCCUUCAUCAGGGGUGAUCUAAUCGCUGAUGAAGGUACUGGACAGGAGUGUCGAAACGUUGGGUCUAUGAGUUGUAACUUCUCGGCUGCAUUCAUUAAAUCUUUAAACCAGAAUAGCAUCAAACCAUUUCCAAAAACCAUUGUCUGAUUAUUUCUUUGUCCCUUCCUCUUCCUUUACUUGUUAUCUUGCAGGAAACUCAGAUUCUGGCUGCCCAUAAUACCGCGGAAGAAGUAGGAGGAAAAGUUCGGGUAGUUAAGAAACCCAAAAUUGUACAAAACAAAAUAGAGAGGAAAACUGAUCAUGCCAAGAGCAAAGCAGGUGGUGCAGAAGAAGGAGAGAGCGUGGAACUUAACAGCAACACGCAAAUGUAUGCCUCAAACACAAUCUGCGAGGAUAAGAUCUAUCACCAGGCUGUGACGACUGAUGGGGUACCACUAUGCUUGUUCUGUAAGGGCCCUGUGGAGUUCGCAAAGAGAGUGCGGUGCUCAGAUUGGGAUGCAAGAUUUUGUUCGCACGACUGCAAACAGGAAUAUCAGGUAAUUGACAGCUUUUAAGGAACCUAUUUCUGCGUUUUGCGCCAGUAUUUGUUGGUUUAGUUGAACAUCGAUGAAGGGGUUAGCAAGAAAGAGAAAAUGAGGGGAAAGACAGGAAUGACCGAAGAGUAUUUUCCAAGUCGUUUUCACCGUGAAUUGUUAUUCAAGAAUUACAUUUUCUCUUCCCUCUCGGAAUGGAUUUGAUUGAUAAGUUAAUUACCUCGUAAUUCCCUAUGAUAUUGCUGUUAAUCCAAUUAACUAUCAAGUACAGUAUUCAUGCUGCAGGCCACAAUCCGCGACAAAAUUUGUCGACAUAUGAAAUUCACGUAGCCACCAUCAAGGAUGGCUUAGAAGUAAAAUACAAGUUGGACUGUGUUUCGCUAUAACUCCCCUUCCCCCAAUUCAAUAUUUUGCAAUCACAGAUAACAAAAUACAACAUUGCUCAGGUGGAAUCUCAAUUAUAAUGUGUUUAAUUUAUUUUCGCUGGUUGAAAUGUUAAAAAAAUAAUUAAAAUAGAGUUGUUUUUAAUCUAGGUUCGUGUUAGCGGUACGGCGGCAAGGAGAGCUUUGUUUGAGGCAGAACGAGGAAUUUGUCAGCUGUGUUCAAUGGACGCCCAUAACUUGUACCAAAAUGUUGUCGCGUUAUCUGUCAGAGAUAGGCCGGCAUUCUUGGCUCAGACUCAUUACUCGACUUUGCCAAAUCAAAAGUUGAUGAAAAUGAUAAUGGAGCCAAAGGAGGGAAUGGUAAGCUGGAUGUUCAAAAACACCUUGCUGUUUUAAAUGUCUACAUGGCCCAAUUUACCAUUUUUUUUUUUUUUUUUGUCGAUUUUUGAUUGUAUUGUUCAAAACAAUAUUCGUUAUCAAUGCGCAUUAAGGGCUGGAGACAAAAAAGUAACUUGCGGAGAGAGCCCUCUCCCUCACUCCUCAUUAGUAAUCAAACCAAACUAGUUCGGUUGUCACGCGUUGCUGCCACGCGCGACCGUCACGCUCGACUAUUGUGCCCUCAUGUUGAAUCAGUCAAGUAAGACUAAACCCUUCAUCUGGUUUUUUUUGUUUUGUUUUUGUUUUUUUGUUUUUUUUUCCCAUGAUUACUCUAGUUCUGGGAAGCGGACCACAUCACACCUGUGUCAGAGGGAGGCGGAGAAUGUGGAUUAGAUAAUCUGAGGACCUUGUGCGUUAUAUGCCACAGGAAGGCCACUAGCGAAUUAAACAAAAGACUGAAACAACGAAGGAUACUAGAGCAGGUUGCUGGAUGUGCUGAUAUUUCGACGUUCUUUCGUCCACUUAACUGAGAGGGAUAUCAUAUAUUUGUAAGUCAGAUGGCAAAGUGUUAGAGAGAUGAAUGGCCAGGGUAUGUCUUACAUAAUGAACAGGGCCUAUAGUAUUACAUCUGUUCUUUGUUUUGACCUUUAAAUAACUGUUUUCCUUGUUAUAAUUAUUAUUUUUCCUUAUGUCUAGGAAACUAGGUAUGUCUUUUUUAUGUUUUUCGGUGUUUGAGUCUGAAUUGAGAUUCAACAAAAUAAGUUUUUUACAACUUAUGUAAUUUGCGUUGCGUUACGUUUUAGUCCAAAUUUCAUGCUUUUAAAUGAGGGUAAAUAACCACAAGAUCAUCAAUGAAAAAUACAUUUUCGUUGAGACUCAACAAAAUAAGUUUUUUACAACUUAUGUAAUUUGCGUCGCGUUACGUUUGGUUCAAAUUUCAUGCUUUCAAAUAAGGGUGAAUAACCACAAG